GUCAGUUGAAAAUGCUGCUGCACUUUUCCAAAACAUCAACAAAACUACAAACCACUUUUUCGCCGCUUGAACGCUUUACUGACCCGAUGGAAUUAGGAAAGUAAAUUGUAAUGAUACUAUCCGUAUAGGGAGCGUGCACCAUGAGUCGUAUACAGUGGCGUCUUCGUGAGCUUCCAAAGAAUUUAAGCCAAACUAUUCGAUUUCGUAUUCAGUACGGUAAACAAUGUAUUCGUUCGCUAACGUACAAUCACCAUAUGAACCAGUCGUACGUGUCGGACGUUUGUAUGGAACCGAUAUUUUGGUUCGUUGACAAUUUCACCCAUCUUCUAGGUCCGUUUUUUGUCUUUGCCGUCGUAUGUUUAACAACUGCCGUCGUAACGAUAUGCUACUGGAUCGGAUUGCCGUACUGGUGGAACAGAAAUCGUUACAUGACUGUGUUCUUACUUGUAGUGGGCCAUUGGUUGCUAUUAAAUGUAGUGUACAAUUUCUAUAAAGCUGCUUCCGUUUCACCGGGCUAUCCGCCGGAGAAGGAAUUGAUUGCGGAAGCAGUUAGCAUAUGCAAAAAGUGUAUUGCCCCAAAACCUCCUCGUACACAUCAUUGCUCCGUAUGUAAUCGGUGUGUACUUCGAAUGGAUCAUCACUGUCCAUGGCUUAAUAAUUGUGUCGGCUAUCACAAUCAUAGGUAUUUUUUCCUGUACAUGUUGUACACGACAAUUGGUACUCUCUUCAUAAUAUCGUUCGGAUUUGAGCUGGGCUAUGGUGUACUGUUUCUCGACGAAGAUGGUUGGAAGGAAAUGGAACCACUGCAAGGACAUCCAGUACGAUUCAACCUUUCGGGGCACAUAAUUCCUGUGACUGAAAUGAAUGACUACGAACAUGACGGAAUGGCUCCGGCAGAGCAUGACUUACCUAUACCACAUCCCAGCCACCGUAUGGGAACCAUUCAUGGGGCGAUACUGUUUAUGGCACUGAUAAAUGUGGCAACACUGUUCGCACUCGGUUCCCUUACAGCCUGGCACAGCACGCUAAUUACGCGUGGUGAAACUAGCAUCGAGGCGCACAUUAACAAAUCCGAAACCAAGCGACUUGCAGCUAUGAACAAAACGUACCGCAAUCCGUACAAUUUUGGAUCGCGCAACAAUUGGAAGCUUUUCCUAGGUUUAACGCGUAAGCGUACCUGGUGGCGGCACGUGAUGUUACCCUCCUCACACAAACCGGAAGGCAAUGGACUGACAUGGUUAACUUAUGAGAACACGUUUGAUAGUGCUGAUGAGUGGCCUUAGGAAUUAAGUAGAAAAUGCUGCAACGCAAGCCACGCUUUUCCUCCAACCAGUGUUGAUAGCUAGUCAUCAUGAAACAGUCGACAGAGAAUUCUCAGUACUAUAAGCGUUAAGUUAGCGAACAUUUCAGGUAAAUAAAACUCAUUACAACAUU